CGAAGUGGAGAUGGGCAACGAGGCGAGCACGGUCCAUGCCGACGGCGCAGCGACGGACCUCCCAGCGAGCCAUCGCGCCAUGAACAUCCUCAAGAUGAUCGAGUUUUCCAAGGACCCGCGGGCGGGCAUGCUCGAGUCGCGCGACCAAUUCGGCGACCUCUUUCUCCUCGAGAGCCAUCUCGUGAGCGAGAAGAUCGCCGGAUUCUGCGGCCCCGAGCUCCUCGCGGCCUUUGACGACAAGCUGCGAGACGGCAGCAUUGUGCGCGAAGGGGCGUUUCCACCCGGCGUUCUCGCGCUCCUUGGGCCUAUCAUGUCGACGAUUGACGGCGAGGAGCACGACGCGCGCAAAGCCGCUGCUCUCGAGGCUCUUACGCCCGCUCGGCUCGAUCUCUACGCACCAAUCAUCCGCGAGAUCGUUGAAGCCGAACAUGCAUCGUGGGCAGCGCGAGGCGGUGCCAUCUCGCUUGCUUGCCUUACGCGCGACAUGGUCUUUCGCAUUUUCCUCAAAGUGCUCUAUGGCGUCGAGCGGCAUGACGGGAACAAGUUUCGCGUCCUACUCGACGAUUUCAUCGUCUCAAUUCGCCGAUCAAGUAAGCACGCAGACCCUCACGGCGUGCGCUGCCGGACGCAGAUCCUCGACGAGCUCAUCCGACCGGCGAUCGCCAACGCCCAGGCCCGCGCUUCCAACAAGACGCCAGUGCCAAGCGUCAUCGACUGCCUCGUAGCCAACGGCAAGAUGACGCCCGACGUGCUAGAGACGGAAGCCUUUCAUUUCCUCUUUGCCGGCUUUGGUGGCGUCGCGUGCCUUGCGACCAACAUUCUCACCGCCGUCGCCACCCACCCAAGCGCUCGGAAGGACCUUCUCGAUGCGCGGGCCGAGUACGUCACCAAGUACGACGGUGAUGCGCGCUGGGCGCAUUUUCACGACCUUGGUUACGUCAACUUGUUCAUUCUCGAAGUCAAGCGCUUCUACGUCGCGGGACCGACUGCCGUCUUUGGCCGCACAAAGACAGACCUCGAGAUUCCAACCAAAAAUGGGGUAUACAAGCUGCCGAAAGGGUGCCUCGCGGCGGCGGGUCUUGAAGCUACGAACCGUCACCCAGACGUCUGGACGGACCCUAACCUCUUUAAUCCCAACCGGUUUCGAGACCUUGGGCACGUCCGCACCACCAAGCCGCACGCGUUUUGCCCACAUGCGUUUGGCGAGUCGUCGCACCGUCGCUGCGCCGGCGAAGACCUCACGACGCUCAUUCUGCAGUCAACAGUCGUAUCGCUGUACGACUUUGUAUGGCAAAUGGUGCCCAACCAAGACUACAAGCUCGCGGUCGGAUCCUCGACACCGACACCCGUGGGCCAACUCAUGGCGGUGGGGUUUCACCGACGCACUGACGAUGCUGUCGAGAUCAUUGGGACUGUGGGCUCCAAAGCCGACUGGAAGUUUCUCAACCUCCCCGAGGCCAAAGAGCUCGUGGGCACGGCCAUGGACCUCUACGACGACGCACGACUCGAUCUCUGGACGCGCCUCAUGAUCAAGCUCAUCGGAAAAAAACAGGCCGUGUGGGAUCGCCCGUACGCCAAUCAGAUUCUGCGCAUCCCGCAGCACCAGAAGCCGCUCCCUAAAAUCACCUUGAUCCAGACCAACAUCGACAUCGCGACCGAAGACGAAGACUGGCCCAACCAGCCGUGGCUCGAGAUCCAGCAGUCCAACUUCCUCCGUGACCACGCCCCGUUCGUCGACAACUUUGAGCACACGUGGCUGCCUGGCGAGGACAUGGAGCGCUACGUCAUGAGCAAGGUCGGCAGCAUGUGGCCGCGCGUCAACGUUCACUGGAACGACCGCUACUCGGACCGCGCGCUCGAGCUCUUGGCUUUCAAUGGUUUUGGCCAGCACCUUCUCACGAAGCUCCCGGAAGCUCACGACGAUGGCUCGUACUACGGCAUCUGCCUCAACUUCAUGAAAAGCCUCGAGGUGCGCCCUGGCUACGCCAAGUAUGGCGCGGACGCAUUCUUCACCUCUAAAGGUAAAGUCACCAAGAUCAUCCGCGGCGACAUCGCUAGCCGCCCUGGUGACUCGGGGUGGGAGUAUGCCAAGCUUUGUUUCCGCGGCAGCCUCCAGACCAAGGUCACAGCCGUCGACCAUCUUCUUGGAAUCCACGCCACGGUGGCCAACAUCAUGGUCGUCGCUAACCGUGAGCAGCUGCCACCAACGCACCCGCUCCGCCGCUUGAUCAAGCCCUUCACGUUCCGCUCUGUGGCCAUCAAUUACGGCGCAGGUCGGGCACUCUUUUGGCCCAAGGGCAUGCUCCAGCGCGCCUACGCGCUCACCGACAAGGGCAUGAAGCAGACAACACAAGAUGCGCCAGCACAUCGACACAACGACGCUGCCGUUCCAUGA